GUUGGUCAGGCUGUGUGUGUGUGCACAACUUAGAAGGGCUGAGGGUACUUUGUUUGCUUUAAGGUAAACUCAGAAGAACCAUUGCAAGCAUGGCUGGUGUGCAUCGUCUGGUUAUCGUUCGCCACGGUGAGAGCGCCUGGAACCAGGAGAACCGCUUCUGUGGCUGGUUCGAUGCCGACCUCAGUGAGAAGGGUCUGGAGGAGGCCAAGCGUGGAGCCAAGGCUAUCAAGGACGCAGGCAUGAAGUUUGAUGUGUGCCACACAUCUGUGCUGAAGCGUGCCGUCAAGACCCUGUGGACCAUCAUGGAGGGCACAGACCAGAUGUGGCUGCCUGUGCACCGUACCUGGCGUCUGAAUGAGCGUCACUACGGAGGCCUCACCGGUCUCAACAAGGCUGAGACAGCUGAGAAGCACGGAGAGGAGCAGGUGAAGAUCUGGCGUCGUUCCUUUGACAUCCCACCUCCACCCAUGGAGAAGGACCACUCUUACCACAAAGUCAUCAGUGAGUCCCGGCGCUACAAGGGCCUGAAGGCUGGUGAGCUGCCUACAUGUGAAUCACUGAAAGACACCAUUGCCCGUGCCCUGCCUUACUGGAAUGAUGUCAUCGCUCCUGAGAUCAAAGCUGGAAAGAACGUUAUCAUUGCUGCCCACGGCAACAGCCUCCGUGGCAUUGUCAAGCACUUGGAGGGUAUGUCUGAUGCAGCAAUCAUGGAGCUGAACCUGCCCACAGGAAUCCCAAUUGUGUAUGAGCUGGACGCCAACCUGAAGCCAGUCAAGCCCAUGGCUUUCCUUGGUGAUGCAGAAACCGUAAAGAAGGCCAUGGAGGCUGUGGCCGCCCAGGGCAAAGCCAAGAAGUAAACCUGCCCUGGAGGGUCUGUGAAGGAGGAAGAAAAAGAGACUCUUCCCCUUUUGUCCUUCAACCCUUUCCUCCUAUCCAUUUGUCCAUCCUUGUUGUCCAUUCCAACUGAGGAAAUGUUUAAUGGUUCUUUUGGAGACGGGCCAUUUUCAGCACAUUAGCCUCCUGUUUGCUUUAAUGGCAGACAGAGAUGACCUGUCAAUUCAAGCUGACAGCCAAGCUCUACAUUUUCAACGCCCACAGACCACUCAGCCCUUUUAAAUUGUGGUCAAGCCCUAUUUUGAGGGCCCCACCACCCUGGCACAACCAAUAAAAAAAACAUGUUUUUA